UUAAGGAUCAAGGUCUGCGUUAAACCAUAACCUCACAAAUUUCAGAAUCUUGGGAAAAUCCUUUUUGCUUUCUUGAGCUGCCUUUAAUGGAAUCAGGGGAAAUUAUCAAGCUCUUUGAUUCAUGCUGGUUUGAGAUGGAAAUCUUCAAGAAGCAUUUAUCCCCAUCACCAUCAACAAGUUUUGAACCAAAUCCAGAUCGCCAAGAUGAAGAAAACUCCUCAAAACCGGAGUUUAAACGCACCCCAACGCUCCAUACAAGGUCCAUGAGUGACCAGUUGAGCUUAAGCACAAGCUUCCUAGGUAAUGGUUCUUUCUCACCAGACUCAGUUCUCCACGCACCAAAGCUCCAUAAAAUUAUUUCAGGCAAAGAAAUUACAGAAGAAGAGUUGCAAGAGGCGGAUGGUAAUAUUCAAGAGGCACCUAAUAACAAGGCGGUUACAAGUACGAGAAUUACAAGAAGAAAGAAGGGUAUAAGUAAGAGCUUGUCAGACUUGGAAUUUGAAGAGCUAAAAGGGUUCAUGGAUCUUGGCUUUGUUUUCUCAGAGGAAGAUAAUAAGGAUUCAAGGUUGGUUGAGAUAAUUCCUGGGUUGCAAAGAUUGGGAAAGAAAGAGGGUGAAGAAGAGAGUAAGGAAGCUGAUAAGGCUGAAGUUUCAAGGCCUUAUCUUUCAGAAGCAUGGGAAGUUUCAGGAAGAAGAAGAAAGGAAAACCCUUUGAUGAAUUGGAGAGUCCCUGCUUUGGGCAAUGAGAUUGACAUGAAAGACAGCCUUAGAUUGUGGGCUCAUACUGUCGCCUCUACAGUCAGAUGAUGAGGAUUCACAGUUCAAAGUUUUGGUUUUUUCGUUUUUUUUGGGGGGGGGGGGGGGGGGGGAUUAUCUCUAUUUUUCUCUCUAAUUCUUUACAUGAUUUUAAUCUUAGAUACUGUAUUCUGCAAUCGGUUUUCUUCGUUUCAGUUUAGUUUGUAAAUAAAAUUAGAUUUGGCUGCAGUUUUUUUCGUUAAUGAAUUGACGAUUUACUGGGUCUUCAGUUUUUACAUAAA